AUGGUAUCCAACGAAGGAGUUACGGAGGGAAAUGUGCUUAAGGUUCUUCGCGGCGCUUCAUGGGUGGUAGUAGGCGGGUACGGAGUCGCCUUGUGCUACCGCUUUGGGCUAUUCCGGAAGCUGCUUCCUAAGUCCACCGCAACGACCAUUGAACGCGUGGUUGAGAAGAUCAAGGCGAAAACAGAACCACUUGGCGACGCCCGACGCUACGCCGUUGCACGUCGUCACCUCAUACGCGUGUAUUCUUUAUCUUCGUUGGGAAUAAUGUUCGCAGUCAUUGGCAGCGGCACGUUUUUUAUGUUUCCAAAAGCUCCAAUUGUUCUUCCGGUAGCGCUUGCUUUGGUGCCCUCCACACUGCUUCUCCUUCUACCAAAAACCAUGAUGCUUAACACAGGGCGUGUUGCCUGCCUGCUUACAUCCUGUUUUGCAUUUGGCUACUCCUUUGGGCCGAUUGGGUGGGUUGCGUGGGAUUCCCUUGGUGUCUUUCUCACGGUGAUGCUGAGUACAAUGGCUGGUCUCUGCGUGCCGUUGUUCCUGACUCGGGGAAUGAUCAGUUAUGUGUUGAGCUCCCAAUUGCUCUCAUGCACGCUCUCCUUGGCUGUCAUAACUACACUUCCUCUGCUGCCGAAGAUUGAGGCCGGCGUUUAUGCUACACCCUCCGUACCUUUGCCGAUAAGCAAGCUGUCGCCAAGCAGUAAUCUCGAUAUGCUGCGCCGAGCCGACGUGAAUGUCCUACUUACACUUCAACUCCUCUCAAAUUGGGGGAUCAAUCUUCUGCAUACAUUACCGACCAUCGUUCGUUUUGUGCAGUGGAGAGAGAGUGAGGAGGAGCUCUUGGCUUCGGUCGACCCUUUGAAGGAAAGCAUGUGCAUCUGCGCCGGUGCAGCAUAUGUACUAUGGAGGUGUUUUCGUUGGGCAUGCCGUCGGCUUGUUCGUACUGUUGCCAAAGAUGACACGAAAGGGGCGUCAAAGGAGCUUAAGGAUCAGUGGGGACACUUUGCAAACCUGUCUUUUCACACGCAAGAUAUAAGCGGUGCAGGCGCAUCUCUGCUCCUUGUUCUGUGGUACGUUCGGGCAGUUUCGGCACUGCAGCGCGGGGAAACGGUGGCAACGCUAGAGGCUCUUCGACGUGUCUGUGCGCAAGUAUCGCCUGUUGGCUUGCUUCUGAGAAACGUGUGA